GCCGCGCGAGGAGCAGCAGCCUGUAGUCGCCAGCCUAGCCGGACCCCAGGGUCAGAACUUGCCCAGGAAACACGUGGGCAGCGUGGACACGGGGACCAGCUCCCCUACCCUUCAUCCACCGUCACCUUCAGGUCUCUGCCUGCUCCUCUGGAAGCCACCUAUGCCACCCACCGCAGCAGAGGGUGGCAAACUUUCUUGGUGAAGUGGGCAGAUAAGGAGGAGCAGAUUGCUGGACAGACUGAUGGACAAAAGGACACGUCACCUCCAAGCCUGUCCUCUCUGCCCUGCCUCUGACUGACAGCAGCAGUGCGGUCAGCCAGGGGAGCCGCAGGCAGGGAGGGGACAUCCGUCCACCUGCUGCCACCUCCGCCAAGUCCCCUCCCGCAGCUGGACGCUGCCGACCGGAGCUCCCGUGAGAGAGCCUCGGGCUCUUCCCCCACCGAGGCGACGGGCAACCGCUGUGGGAAGGCACAGGUGGCAGGGGGGCAGGCACAGGGUCCUGAGGCCGACAGGUUGCUGACUCUGGAGCGCCAUGGCUCAGGGACCCCCUCCCUGGCCAGGGACGAUGUUGCUGGGGUCCCCAGUGGUCCCCCAUGCCCUGUCCUGGAGCUGCCUCCCGCCUGGCCCCUGGGCUGUGGAGCCGACGAGGUUCCAGCCUUCUGCUUGGUCUGUUUCCAUCGGGAAGAGGAGGAGGAGCUGCUGGAGGAGGUCCCGCUACGCAGGGAGAAGAUGAGUGUGGGCUGCCCAGAGCCUGAGCCGUCCCACUCGCUGCCCUGCUGCGGGCCGGGGGCCAGCCCUGGGCCGGGCACCGGAGUGCCACUCCUCACGGAGGACAUGCAGGCGCUGACCCUCCGCACACUGGCUGCCAGCGACGUCACCAAGCACUAUGAGCUUGUUCGGGAGCUGGGCAAAGGCACCUAUGGGAAGGUGGACCUGGUGGCCUACAAGGGCACAGGCACCAAGAUGGCACUGAAGUUUGUGAACAAGAGCAAAACGAAGCUGAAGAACUUCCUGCGGGAGGUGAGCAUCACCAACAGCCUGUCCUCUAGCCCCUUCAUCAUCAAGGUCUUCGACGUAGUCUUUGAGACAGAGGACUGCUAUGUCUUCGCCCAGGAGUAUGCACCGGCUGGGGACCUGUUUGACAUCAUCCCUCCCCAGGUGGGGCUCCCCGAGGACACGGUGAAGCGCUGCGUGCAGCAGCUGGGCCUGGCGCUGGACUUCAUGCACGGACGGCAGCUGGUGCACCGCGACAUCAAGCCCGAGAACGUGCUGCUGUUCGACCGCGAGUGCCGGCGCGUGAAGCUGGCGGACUUCGGCAUGACGCGGCGCGUGGGCUGCCGCGUGAAGCGCGUGAGCGGCACCAUCCCCUACACGGCGCCCGAGGUGUGCCAGGCCGGCCGCGCCGACGGGCUGGCGGUGGACACGGGCGUGGACGUGUGGGCCUUCGGCGUGCUCAUCUUCUGCGUGCUCACCGGCAACUUCCCGUGGGAGGCGGCGUCGGGCGCCGACGCCUUCUUCGAGGAGUUCGUGCGCUGGCAGCGCGGCCGGCUGCCCGGGCUGCCGUCGCAGUGGCGCCGCUUCACCGAGCCCGCGCUGCGCAUGUUCCAGCGCCUGCUGGCCCUGGAGCCCGAGCGCCGCGGCCCGGCCAAGGAGGUCUUCCGCUUCCUCAAGCACGAGCUCACCUCCGAGCUGCGCCGCCGCCCGUCGCACCGCGCGCGCCGCCCGCCCGGGGACCGGCCGCCCGCCGCGGGGCCGCUGCGCCUCGAGGCGCCCGGGCCGCUCAAGCGCACGGUGCUGACCGAGGGCGGCGGCGGCCUGGCGCGGCCCGCGCCCCCCGCCGUGGGCCCCGUGCCUGUGCCCGUCCCGGUCCCCGUGCCCGUGCCCGUGCCCGAGGCCGGCCUGGCGCCCCCGGGACCCCCGGGCAGGACCGACGGCCGCCCCGACAAGGGCAAAGGGCAGGUGGUGCUGGCGACGGCCAUCGAGAUCUGCGUCUGAGCCGCCCGCCGCCCUCGGUCGUCCCCACCCCCAUCCCGGGGGCCCCCCCCCCCGCCACGACGGGAACCGAGGCCGGGCAGCCCCGGCCGGGCAAGGGAGGGAGUAGCGUAGACGAGGCGGCCGGCGCCCCGGGACCUCUGGAGGAGCCGAGCCCCGCAGGCCCCGAGGCCCCGGCCACGCCCGGGGCCACACCGCAGAGACCUCCUUGUGCGCCCUGGAACCCCAGCCUGGCCCCUCCGCACCCCUGGCAGGGCACCCCACUGUUCCCCACCGCACCCCGGGCACAGAAUUGGGCAGCGGAAAGCCCCCAGGCACUGGGCUGGGGAGGCUGUGCCCGGCCCCUUCCCGGAGCGAGAGUCUAGGCCCCCCCGGAAAAUGUAGCAAACGUCUGCGUAUCACCCAAGUGUUUUGCAGGCACAGCCCCCCAGAACCUAGUGCCGCCCCCACGCCCCCCAAAUCAGGAGGAGGACAAUGAGCACAGGCCGCCACUGAGACCCGUGCUGGGAGGGCCCCCCCCCCCAUGA